CACGCGCUCAAAAAUAUAGAGAGAGAAACAUCUUCCGGCGUCGUGAGUUUCCUCCGCCGUGGCCGAGAAUUGGGACGUUCUGCCGCCAUUGGCUGUAACAACUUCAAUUCUCUCCGGCGUCCCUGUCUCCACUUCCAAAUAAGGGUCAAAUUCAAACUUUGUAGUUUCACUUAUCAAAAAACCCAAAUCAUGUUGAGGCUUCACAGUAGGCAUCCUUUGGACCCUUUAUCUGCCAAUGAGAUCGCUCUCGCUAUCUCAACCGUUAAAGCAGCCGUCAACAGUACUCCUGAGGUAAAAGAUGGCAUCCGAUUUAUUGAGGUGGUUUUAUUAGAACCAGACAAAAGUAAUGUUGCACUAGGGUCUCCAAUCUCAACUAAGCUUCCUCCACGGCGAGCUAGGCUCAUCGUUUACAAUAAAAGAACGAAUGAGACAAGCAUAUGGAUUGUUGAACUACAUGCUAUGGCUUAUAGUGGAAAUGUGAUUUCAUGUGAAGUUGUUCCAAAUGUUCAACCACCCAUGGAUGUUCAGGAGGAUGUUGAAUGUGAAGUUGUGGUGAAAAGAUAUCCUCCAUUUAUAGAGGCAAUGAAGAGAAGGGGCAUAGAUGAUAUGGAUCUUGUGAUGGUUGAUCCUUGGUGUGUUGGUUAUCAUAGUGAGGCUGAUUCUCCUAGACGAAGGCUUGCCAAACCAAUUGUGUUCUGCAAAACAAAGAGCAACUGCCCAAUGGAAAAUGGAUAUGCUAGGCCAGUAGAAGGAAUAUUCAUUCUUGUGGAUGUGCAAAGAAUGGAGAUUAUCGAGUUUGAAGAUUGCAAGCUCGUCCCCUUACCACCACCGGAUCCGUUCCGGAAUUAUACUUCCGGCGAAACAUGGGGAGGAGUUGACCGCAAUGAUGUUAAACCCCUCCACAUUAUUCAACCAGAGGGUCCUAGCUUUCAUGUCAAUGGCAACUAUGUAGAGUGGCAAAAGUGGAGCUUUCGUAUUGGUUUUACGCCGAGAGAGGGUUUAGUGAUACAUUGUGUUGCAUAUCUUGAUGGUAGUCGGGGCAGAAGACCCAUAGCCCAUAGGUUAAGCUUUGUGGAGAUAGUUGUCCCCUAUGGAGAUCCAAAUGACCCACAUUACAGGAAGAAUGCAUUUGAUGCUGGAGAAGAUGGGCUUGGGAGAAAUGCCAAUUCACUUAAAAGGGCAUGUGAUUGUUUGGGAUUUGUGAAGUACUUGGAUGCUCAUCUUACGAACUUUGUGGGAGGUGUGGAAACCAUUGAGAAUUGUAUUUGUUUGCAUGAAGAAGAUGAGGGGAUACUAUGGAAACAUCAAGACUGGAGAAGUGGGUUAGCUGAAGUUCGUCGCUCAAGACGACUCACAACGUCUUUUAUAUGCACUGUGGCUAACUAUGAUUAUGCAUUCUACUGGCAUUUCUACCAGGAUGGAAAAAUUGAGGCAGAAGUUAAACUUACAGGAAUCCUAAGUAUGGGAGCACUGGAGCCUGGGGAAUCAAGAAAAUAUGGCACCAUCAUUGCUCCAGGGUUAUAUGCUCCGAUUCAUCAACACUUUUUUGUUGUUCGUUUGAAUAUGGCUGUGGAUUCGAAGCCCGGUGAAGCACACAAUCAGGUGGUUGAAAUAAAUGUGAGAGCUGAAGAACAUGGGAAUAAAAAUGUUCACAAUAACGCAUUCUAUCCUGAGGAAACUUUGCUUAGGUCUGAAUUGCAGGCAAAGCGCGACUGUAAUCCCUCUUCAGCUCGCCAUUGGAUUGUGAGGAACACAAGAACAUUGAACAGAAUUGGACAGCCAACAGGAUACAAGCUGGUGCCAGGUCCAAACUGUUUGCCAAUGGCUGGUUCAGAGGCUAUGUUUCUGAGAAGAGCUGCGUUCUUGAAACACAAUCUGUGGGUAACUCAGUAUGCAGCGGGAGAAGAUUUUCCAGGGGGAGAGUUUCCAAAUCAAAAUCCACGUGUGGGGGAGGGAUUAGCUUCAUGGGUAAAACAAGACCUUAGUCUAGAAGAAACCGACAUUGUUAUGUGGUAUGUUUUUGGCAUCACGCAUGUUCCUCGCUUGGAAGACUAUCCUGUCAUGCCAGUUCAACACAUUGGCUUUAUGCUCCAGCCUCAUGGAUUCUUUAAUUGUUCGCCGGCUAUGGAUGUGCCUCCGCCGCAAGGAUGCCACUCAGAAACUAUAGAAACCUGUCAUGUAGACAAGGCUUCAUCUCCUACUAUGAUUGCUAAAAUUUUCUAUUCCCCCUGAAUUAUAUCUCGUUGUAAUGAUUUUCUCCUCUGAAUUAUUCAUGUAUCCUUAUUUAUCUUUCAAUUAUUUUAAAAGUUUUGGCUUUUCCCACUCUC